CAGAAGCACCUCAUUGUUCAACGGCUGUGGGAGCACCGCAAAAGCUGUGGAUAUACCUUAACGAGCUGGGUUCUGUGAGCUUACUCUGUGCUGAGAUGCCUGGUAAGGCAUUAGAAAUGAUAGAGGCCAUUUCCAAAAACGAAGAUGAGUACCAGGUGUUUCCAGAUGUCCCACCACCUGUUCGAGAGACUCUUUCCCAUAGAGCAACCAUGACUGCUCCUGUUGGCUUCCUGCACAGAGAUAAUAGACGGUAUGGUGGAAUGAGGAGCAUGGAUUCAUCCGACCGUGAUCGCCCAGUCAGCUACAGUUCUACGUCGUCCUCUGCCUCCUCUAGGGACAGUCACUGCUCCUUAACCAGCGGCAUGACCCUGGUCUCCAACAGCCACUUGGGCCUUGCUGGCCAGGAGAAGGAGGCUGGGGCCAUCCGGCUGGAGUUGAUUCCAACUGGGCACUUGUCCAGUGCGGAGGAAUGUACAAGGAGUAAGCCGGCAUGUACAAAUUCUGGAGAGGUUGGUGAGAAGAGGCCUGGCGCCAGUGGAAUCAAAAGAGUCGACUCCAGGGGUUCCCACAAGCAUCGUGCAACAUCACCAGGAGCAGCAUCUGCAAACCCUAAGCUGCUUUAUGUGGAUCGAGUCGUGCAGGAAAUUCUAGAGACUGAGCGGACCUAUGUCCAAGAUCUGAUGAGCAUUGUGAAGGACUAUCUUGACUGCAUCAAUGACCAAUCAAGACUCCUACUGGGGACUGAAGAACGCUUGGCUCUGUUUGGGAACAUUAGAGACAUCUAUCAUUUCAACAGUGAACUGCUGCAAGAUCUGGAGAGCUGUGACAGCGAUCCUGUUGCAAUUGCAGAAUGUUUUGUAGCAAAGAGUGAAGAGUUUCACAUCUACACGCAGUACUGCACGAACUAUCCCAGAUCUGUGGCCAUGUUAACAGAAUGUAUGAGAAACAAAGUGCUUGCCAAAUUCUUCAGAGAGCGACAGGAGACCUUGAAGCAUUCCCUACCUCUGGGAUCCUACCUUCUCAAACCAGUGCAACGCAUCCUAAAAUACCAUCUCCUCUUGCAUGAAAUAGUUAACCACCUGGAGAAGGACACAGAGUGUUAUGAUGUAGUGCAGGAUGCCAUUGACACCAUGCAGAGGGUGGCUUGGCACAUUAAUGAUAUGAAGAGGAAACAUGAGCAUGCAGUAAGACUGCAGGAAAUACAGAGCCUGCUGACAAACUGGAAGGGUCCGGACCUGACUAGCUAUGGAGAGCUGGUCUUGGAAGGAACUUUCCGCAUACAGCGAGCCAAAAAUGAACGCACUUUGUUCCUUUUAGAUAAACUACUUCUCAUCACUAAAAAAAGAGAAGAAACUUACACCUAUAAAGCUCAUAUUUUGUGUUGUAACCUGAUGCUUGUAGAGGUAAUACCAAAGGAGCCCCUGAGUUUCAGUGUCUUCCACUACAAGAAUUCUAAAGUGCAGCACACAGUGCAGGCCAAGUCAAUGCAGGAUAAGAGGCUUUGGAUUCUUCAUCUGAAGAGGCUUAUUCUUGAAAAUCACCCGGCCAAGAUCCCAGCUAAGGCAAAACAAGCAAUUCUGGAGAUGGAUGCCAUUCAUCACCCUGGCUUCCACUACAGCCCUGAGGGUGAGAGGAAGGCAGAAGCACAUUUGAAGGAAGACAGAAUCACACCUCGCAGAGUCCGAAGGAAGUCUGAACCAUCAGGAAGGUUGAAGUCUGCUAAACAAAUGGAGACAAGACAGGACAAGCGUGCCAGUGUUGAAGGAUCUCUCCUUUCUCCGUCUAUGGAAGAAUUAUCCAGUAAAGUAUUGCCCAACACCAAGUCUGAAAUUAGUGCACUCCGUCAUGGUGAGACAGUGAACCGAUCGCAAGAGUCACUGGAGCCUGCCUAUCCAAGUGACCAAGAGGAAAGUCUCCAGCUACGGACUUUGGAGCAGACUGAUGCUGAUGAUGAAGAGGAAGUCGACGUUGAACAGUUCUCUUCCAAAUCCUCAACACAGGAGUCUCGGCAACUCAAUGUUCAACUAGAAUGUUGGAGUUCUAAGCUAGUUGCCCAAGCUGCAGGAGAGAUUGAAACCACAGACCGUGUGGGUGGACUGCUGGGCACAGAAGGGGUGAGAGAUGUGUGGCCUGAGCUUCCCAUUGGGCAUGUCUCAUUCUCCAGUCAAGUGGUGCCCCAUGGGGCCAUACGGGACGACGAUUACCAAACGUUUGUGACAACAGCCUCCACGCCAGACCUCCACUCCACCCCGGUCCGUCCAUUAUACCGUGGUUCAGAUAUGCCAUGCGGCCGUCUCGCUGCGACCUCUGCUCGGGAGCGCCAUUGCGGGGGUAGGAUUGUGAGGAGGGCCAGCAGCGCCGGAGAGAGCCAUUCUGCUUUCCGGCACCAAUCAGCUGCUGAGAGUAAGCAUCACUCCCCAAUGACACAGAGAGCUUCCAGCUCGCAAAACUCCACUUGCCGACAUGCCAUCUCCGCAGGAUCUGAAGGGCCAGAUGGGGAAACGCAGAGAGUCAGCACCGACGAUGGUGUAUAUGAGCUUAUUGGGCUUGCCAGCGAGACGAGAUUGGCUGCCGAGGAGCAGGGCUUUGUCUGCAGGGCAGGAGAAGUGACCGGUGCCAGUUUCCAGUCAAAUGAUCCAGCUGAAGAGGAAGACCAAGGUGGCAGCCAAAGCCACGUGAAUGCCGGGAGCCAGGGAAAGUGGGGAAAGAAAGCCAGCUGCACUCAAGUCACUGAAAUCUGCCCCGUGUCUAGCCAGAGUGCGAUGGCGUCACCCAAGCGGGAAUUGAAGGCUGUUGAGUGCCUGGAUGAGAGGCUUGCAUUGUCCGAGAAAGCGUAUAAGAAGCUGAAGAAUGAUUGGGAAGAAUGCGGUGAGAGGGUUAGCUUCCUGGGUCCUGACAGUGAUUUGGGCUCUUGUGGGCUCGGCGGCUUUGUUUCUGAGGAGAGUCUUCGGUUCAGUGGCGAUGAUGCUUCCGAUCACAACCGCUCGACGGAGAAGAGUCGCCUAGGCUGGAACAGCUCCUCCAAUUCCCACUCUGUGUCACACGAAUCAGUCCCUGACAAACUGUCUGAGGAGGUGGACGAGAUCUGGAAUGACCUGGAGGACUACAUCAGGAAGAGUGAGGAGACCAGGCGGGACCGGCUGCCCGCUGCCUUCCCGGUCAGUGAGGAUGACCUGAGUGGACCGGCCAGCUCCCGGGGCCGCCAGAGGGAGAGGCUGACCCAAGCAAGCCCCAGUUUUGUCGAAGCGGUAAAGAGCAAACCCGGCAGACUAAGCACUGGCAAUGUCAAGGCGGACGACAGUGAGCCAAGGGGGGAGGUAACCACAAGUGCUGCCUUCUUGGAUGAUGAGACACAUGAGGCAGAGAGCCCCAUGGGCAGCACCAACACCGAGACCGUUGCCCAGGAUCUGGAUAUCAUGGAUCGAACCAAACGCAGGGUCUAUUAUAUGGCCCGACAGUAUAGUCAGAAAAUCAAGAAAGCCAAUCAGCUCCUCAAGAUGAAGAACACCACAGAGCAAUUGCCAUCUGAUCAGCCCAAGAGGAAAUGCAAGGACUUGGUGGCUAUUCUAGAGGAAAAGAAACAGGGUGGCACUGCCAUUGGUGCUCGAAUUGCUGAAUACUCCCAGCUGUACGACCAGCUCCUGUUCAGAGAGACUCCUAAAUCAUUACAAAGUGUGCCAGCAGAUGACGCUGGUGAGCUGUGGGCCCAAAACUCAACGCGGGACCUGCUUGCCACUUGCCCCCCCCAUGGGCAGUCUCUGGGCACUGAGGACUGGCUGCUACACUCCACCUACAGUAACGGUGAGCUGGCAGACUUUGUUGCCUGGCCGGAUAUUCAGGAACUUGCGGCCAAAUAUUCCGCCCAGAAGAGCAAGGCUGUUGGGCGACUUCAGAGCAGAGGGGUGUUGGCUGGUUCGGUGCCCUCUGUUGCGGCUUGCCCACCAGCACCAACACAGCAGCGGUGGAGCACCAUCAUCGUCCCACCCAGUGGGGCGGACUGUUCAACGGCGCAUGGCUACAGCUCCUUGGAUCGCAGGGUAACUGAGGGCAAGCCAUGGGGGGCUUCACUGUCCUCACCCUCCAUGGCAAAGAGCCACUCCUCUGACUCCAUCGAUCAUGUCUCUGACAGGGAUGCACCAUUCCCCAGCCAGGACUCUCCCUCAGACAGGCUGCAUUAUGGGAGCCAGGAGGUCGAGCAGCCAGUGUUGACAUUGCAAGACUCGGAAAAGGUCCUUGUGAUCAACAGGGUUCCACCACUUGACGCACAAUUGGCAACACGGAACUACUUUGCCAACUUCAAUGACACAGGGGAAGAUGAUGAAGACUAUGUGGAGAUCAAGUCUGAAGAUGAGGAUUAUGAAGACCUGGACGAGGGAACCCUGACUCCUGACCUGAGCUUCCAGCCCAAUGGCAAAGGGGAAUCUACUCCUGAACCUGGCAACUCUCGUUCAGCUCGUGUCUCCUGCAUCCCACUGUCGAACAGCAACGCCAGUGCAGUGGGCUCCUUAACUGUGUUGGCCGAGCCUGACCAGCUGAGCCACUAUCUCUGGCGGGAACCCUCUCCCAGCCAGCAGAAUAUUGUACAGACUCUGAGAGAUAAGUUUCAGUGUCUCAGCUCCAGCAGUUUCGCUUGAACAUUUGAUCCCAGUCACGAGACUGAAGGGAAAGAGGAGGAAAACCAUAAUGUAUUAACUGAACUGCUUGCGAGCACUUCACAUAGAUCUCCAGCUAUCCUCCCACUACUCUGCAAAUGCUGCCUGAGUAGGUACCUUAUGUUAAGUAGUAUCUAGGUUGGGAGAAUGAACAAGAUUUGCAAAAAAAAAAAUGCAAAUAGUCGUUUACUUUUGUAUAAUAUGGGUAAUCAGUGGCAAAAGCAUGAUGAGGAAAUAUAUAUUUCACACAUGCUGCCAGGAGUGAGACUGGUGAUGUGUUAUUAGGGGGUUUCAAGACUGGUUCUGGGUUAAAAUUAGUUGCCCUACCUUUGUUCUGGGUCACAUAUUGACUCAUUCUCACACGGGAUGCUGGUGUGUUUUGGGAAAUGAGCCACGUGGAAGAGGAUCCAGUCCUCAAAAGUCCUAGCCUCUGAGACUGAGGGCAUUAUGGAUUUACACAUGUCACAUAAACUAGGGGUAGAGCAGUUUGGACAAGAUGAGUUUUUUUCCCCCUAUUGAGACGGCUUAUUGGACCAUUAUUGAAGUUUUGAGCAAUAUACUCAGUAACAGAAAUAGAGGGAAAGAGUGAUGGCAAGUGCAGGAGAUACACGGGCUCCUUAGAAUCUGUCAAAUGGAAAGCCAGGUUAAGGAGGGGGAAGAUCCACUCCUCACGCCCAACAGGCAUUUGCGUAUUUCCAACAAUUUUUUUGUUUUUAUGAUAACACCUGGGUUUAGAAUUAAGAGAGCUUCAUGUGACUGAUCAGUGACCAGCUGGAAAAGAUGACCUUACUAAAUAACUGGACACUCACCAUCUGCCUGCUGGUCAUCUAAACCCUAUAUUUCCCUUUGUCCUCCUCAUGCACUCCCAUUGCCCUCACCCAUUGCCUCUGAUGGUAUUGCAUCAAAUAAAUUGAUUUCUCACAUUGAAGCACUAAUUCUAAAUGCCUUCUAGCUUCUCUUACUCGAGCUGGAUAGCCAUCUUUCUUUAAAUCUCCAUCUCAUCUUGACAACUUAAACCAUUGAGCUUCCUGGUUUCCCCAUUAACUUUUUUGCAUCUCACUGGAAACAGGCAGAAAUUUGCAUGAGCAAUCUGUAUUCUGCAUGAGGUGGGGACUACCAAUGAGUGUGGAGCAAGGGGAUGGGGUGUUGCAGUGGUGGCUGGUGGAGAAGCUAUUCUUAAUUAGCAUUGCUGGAAGAGAUGCUGAUAUUCUGUCAUGAACCAUUUACCAACGAGAUGUCUGCCACAUGGCUGGGAGUGCCAUUUUGCUGAGUCUUUUUUUUUCAUUACUGGAGCUAGAGACAGCUAGUUAAGAGGUAGUGCCUACUACAGAUCAUUUGUAUAUUUGACGGGUUGAGGGGAUGCACUGCUUAAAAGCCAAGUGCCGAUUACAUUGAUGCAUCGGUCUCUGGAGACUAGAAGUUCUAGUCUUGUACAUUUUUGAAUCUGCAUUCCACAUGGUUAUUCCUAGAUUUCCAGUUAAAAUAUUGGUUAUGGAUAGCUGGAAGCUGUUCCAAUUUAUCUCUUCUCUAAUUUGCUUUUCCUGCACAGACUAUUCAUUAAUCUGAGAACAGGUAUAGAACUUGUUCAUGGGCCUCCUCUCUGACUCUAUCCACCUCUUCUAGUUCCAUGGAUGAUGACCAUUACUGAUGGUGUAUUCCCUAUCCAGUUGACAACUGUAAUUGGAAGUCCAUCUCCAUGUUCGGUGGAAGAUCCUAUUUAGAAUCCAUGAUCUAGUGGAAACUCCCAUCUGUUUGAUGUUCCUUGGGGAAAAUAUUGGAAAAAAAACCAGUAACUUGUGCAUGUUCACAACUAAUAGUCAAAUCUAGAUCUAACACUGACCCGAAUCAAACAUGCCAUUCAAAUAUUGCGAACUGUUUCCCAAUCACUUGUAUAGCAUCGAUUUACAAUGCUCAGAACACAGUACCCAAUAUCACAGAGCCCACUGUUUGGUUUAGAAGUCCAGUCCCUAAGGGUUAGUGUUUCUGUUUGUACCACAACCAUUUAAUUGUUGAUUCAAUAAAUUCCACCAAAAGAAAUUCUUCAAAUUCUCCUUGCCUCUGCUGUUAGUAGAACUACUCACUUUUAGCAUUUUAGUUGGCGGUGGCCAGGAAAUAGGGGUAGGAAUGAUACCCCACAUUCAUCAUGAAUUGUCCACAAUUGGUUUAUUAGUGAGUUGUGCUGUGAAAUCUUAUGGAUAAGCCAUAUCACAAAGGUGCCCAAGAGAAUUGCACGGACCUGCCUGACCCUUGCAGCACAGUGUUCCCACUUCAUCUGCACAACCCCAGGAUAUGAUCGGGAAAUUGACACUCUUGUUUAUCUCUGUGCCUCCUUUCAAAAUAUAUAAGCAAUAGCUGUACAUUGAACCAAAUUUCAGGUGACAGUACAGUGUAUGACUGUGCAAUAUGAAUCCCAGUGUUUGGUUUCCAUUGCAAAUCUGCCAUUUUCUCACUUAGCUAUGUAGAAAACCAGACAAACAUUUUUUUUUAAAAGACACAUUGCUUCUGUUUUAAGCAAUAAUGAAUGCACUUGAUAUAGUAACUGAAGUGUGAGCGUUCAAUGACUCCUAAUGAUGAAAACCAGUAGAGAGGAACAGUCUUCACCAAUGUAAAUUUUGUAUCAAGUAUUUUUUUAAUAACAGGUCAAUAUUUUAUUGCACCUCUCCUUCAUUGGACAUUUGCUGUAAUUUGUUUAAAAUGAGAAUCAUUGAACUGGAGAGGAGAGAUCCUGAUGUUUAUAUUCUGGAAAAUUAUUUCAGGAUCUCUUGAGUUAACUGUUUAAUUUUCUAAUGUCAUUCCUUUAGAAGCUAUACUGUACAAAGCGUGUUGCCAGGAGCUAAUCUGCAAUGAUAAGGGAUCAUUGAUGAAAAUCACUUACAGUUCUGACAUUUGGUACUUGAAGGUAAUUUUUUUCAGUGUUAAAACUGAAGUGACUGUUGAGAUGACCAACUUGUUAAUUAAAAAAAGAACUAUCUCAGAAACUGGGGUUUUAAUGCCUUGUCCUAUGGAUGAGAUAUUGAGCUGAAUAAUGACUUCCAUGAAAAAAUUGCACUUUUUAUGGUUAAUUUUGUAAACAUUUCUGAAUGUUGACCAUGUAGCAAAAUGUUUAAAAUGCUCGCUGUAUUAAUUUUACUUUGCUCAAAGAAAAGCUGAGCCUAAUGCAUGCCAAAUUACCAGGAAUAGUUCGAAAAUUUCAUGUUAACUUUAAAAAAAUAUAUAUUGUUUUUCUGCCAGGAGGGACAUCAUUGUACACUCUACAGAAAUGUAUCAUUUGAAAUAAAUAACUCGUUCAGGUA